ACGGACAUGACUGCGAUAGCAGACGUAUACCGAUCCUAAGUGCAAUUGCACUAGUUUUAUUGACGUCGGACCGACUAUUUCCUAUUUUAAUAAUCCCCCAAUUCAACUCAUUUCACCCUCCAAUACUUCCGGGGGGUUGAUCAAAUUUAUUUAAAAUGUCGUCGCCAACGCAAGUGUUAAAGAGCUGCGGUCCAAAACUGGUACCAUUCUUCAAGAGUGUCUGCGUGUAUUUCGUGCUUUUGGCAGAACAACCGUCAUUACUCACGGCGUGUUUCAAAUGUUUGCCAAUAAUCAGUCUUAUCAUAUUUGUACUCCUCCAUGGAAUGAGUCUCUCGGAAGAGUACACGUACUCGAGGAGGAUAUUGACUGGCCUGGUGUUCAGUUGCCUAGGUGAUGCCUUCAUCGUCUGGCCGAAUUUUUUUCUCCUGGGGAUGGCUAUGUUCGCUAUUGCACAGAUCAUGUACAUCACAGCGUUCGGUUUCAAACCGCUCAAUCCGUCGCUCGGCAUUUUCAUAUUUUCGUUGUCAUUGCUGGUCCUUUAUACACUGAUGCCUGGGCUGAGUGGAGUUCUGACAAUAGGGGUACCGAUAUAUACAUUUCUACUCGUAACUAUGUCAUGGCGAGCUGUGUCCAGAGUGCUGUUCUUCAAAGAGCCGUGGACAUGGACAAAGCUGUGCAGUUGCAUCGGUGGUAUAUUCUUCGUGAUAUCGGAUACACUUCUAGGUCUUCACCACUGGUACCAUCCAAUGCCAUACGCAACCGUGUCAAUAAUGCUGACCUACUAUGCGGCGCAGCUCGGAAUAGCCCUGAGUGCUGUAGACUCGAGGGAGAACGCCAAAUCAUCUGUCAAACAGCGAUAAACAGCAAUAAACACCAAAUAAUUAUGAAAUCUCAAUGAUCCAAAUGUUACGACUAACACAUCGUGUAGCAACAUUAUGUUUUUCUGUAUUAGAAAAUUCCUGUUAAAAAUUACUUGUUGACACUGCCACUGUCUUCAGGCAGCAACUGAACUGGAGGGUAUAAUUGAGAUUGAAUUAGGGGGCAAUCAAACUGGCAAUGAUCGCUGACGUUGGCCUUUUCAUUGUCGACGUAAAACAGCAUUGGGUAACAUUCUAUUUUUCUUCAAACAGUACAAGGGUUCUUUCCUAUUCUCUCUCCUAUUGUAUCCAUUACGUAGGACGAUUAGAGUUAGAGGACGAAUGGCAAAUCUGCUUAUCGUCUGGAUCGGUAAUGAUACAGUGAUUGACUGGAUAACUGGGUAGUUGAAGAAAUGGAGGAAUUAUCUGGACUAUUACGGGUGCAUCACUGGAUAAAUCACGAAUGCCAGUGGGGAAAAAAAAUAGUGCUAAAUAAACCUGAGAACGUGUUUACGUAAUAAUCAGGUCUUUUUUUCGCCCCAAUUAUUCUCUAGAUUUAUUUUUUACUAUUUACCGGUAUCUAUCACAAGUAGACGUUGAAUCUCUAUCCACCGACGGUGUUAAUUCCAUGUUUGUCAACUUUAAUCUUGUGUAAUGUAAAUUAAGAAUUUAAUGUAUGGGUAGAGGGUAAAAAAAAUGUUCCGCAAACACGCGACCUUCGGUACCUUUAAAUCCAGAUGAGAAUCUAUUAUUAGUAAUGAGUGGCGGAGGGAUAGCGUGACGCUGUGAACGAUGUAGUUGAUUCGAGUGUUGGUUUUUGCAGGACUUUUUGGUUCUAUUUUUUUUUUAUUUUAAGGACUUCACUCUUAAUUUCCAUUAAUUUCAGGAAGGAAGUUAUUAUGUGCAAUUUUCACCUCUGUGAUUUAGUCAAGAAUUUGAUUUAUUUCUUUUUUAUGGAGAUUACGAGGCGAGUCGAGUGGAUGUGACUUUGAACUGAUACGAGUGAUUAACGGGAAUUAUUCUCUGAAAUAGACUGAUGGAUUGAUAUACUGGAUGUAGGAAAUUUCAAUUAGAUGCAGGGAAUAUACGUAAAGUAUUUUUAUCGUACUUUUUUUGAUUUGGAUGUAGCAUGAACCGAUGAAAUAACUUUUAAGGUCGGGUUCUAUCAUCUUUCAAACACGUGCUUCAUUGUUUUUUCUACAAUUUUUUGUAUUCCGCGAAUUCAUAAAUUCUUUUGAGAAUAUCAAUUCCAAAUUCUCACGUGUUGCACGUUGAAAUUGUGCUUGAUGCAUAUUUGUAACAAGAAUAUUGCAAAAAUCUGAAUAGCGUGAGAAAUAUGAUACAACCGGACCCUAGAUUUUCAGACUGUAAAGAAAAGUAUAAAUUUAUUAUAUAACUCGUUGAGUAAAUGAGGAAAAAUAUAUUAUCAUUCUCUGUUGACUGAAAACCUAUCCAAUUGUAAGGCUCAAUAUUAAAUUCUUCAAUAGAGCAUGUCUAGAACGAAGAACAAUAGGUAAAUAUUUUGUCAUCAUGUAGACGUACUGCGACCGGUGACAUUAAAUGUUAAAGUUUAAAUAAAUAUAAACGAGAUACAACAAACGCUCAACGUUUUGCUACAUAAUAAGUGUUUGAUAAAAAUCCAUGCAAGUACAUUCCAACUUUCUGUUGAUUUGUUCAUUUUUCCUAACAGGUAACAA